AGAGAGACGUAAGAUUGUAAGAUGAUCCCUCCUCCUCUAGAACUGACGGUGUAAGCGAGUGCUCGACACAGGAAGGACUGGUGAGCGCUGAAUGCUAACAAGGGGAGAGAAGUACAUGUCCACGGCGAGCGGAAAGGUGGGGGUUCAACGGCGAGAUAUGGAGGAAUACAAUUAACCUGCAAUGUGCCAACGCCGAACACACGCCGAUCAUAACCAUCCUCACCACCACCGAUAUCAUCACCAUCAUCGCCGCCAACAGCGCGACCAUCCUCGUCUUUUUCCUCUCAAGUGAAAUGUAUCGGGACUGCACGGGAUCUUUUUUCUGACAAUGGAGAUUGAGAAUAUCGUGGCCAACACCGUGCUGCUAAAGGCGAGGGAAGGAGGAGGUGGGAAACGGAAUGGCCGGAGCAAGAAAUGGAAAGAGAUGCUGAAACUGCCACAUAUCAGUCAGUGUGAGGAGCUGAGACGCACCAUUGAGAGGGACUACACUAGCCUUUGUGAGAAGCAGCCGAUUGGUCGUCAGUUGUUUCGUCAGUUUUGCGACACUCAGCCCAAGUUACGACGAUGCAUCGAGUUUCUGGAUGCUGUGGCGAUGUAUCAGGUGGCUCCGGAUGAGAAGAGGAGAGACGCCGGUUUAAAUAUUUUAGACACAUAUUUUAAUAACGGGUCAGCAGCUCAUCUGCCAGACAUCGCUCAGGACGUGGUGGGGGAUUGCAGGCAGAAACUGGAACAGACUCCUUGCAAAGAGCUUUUCCAGGAGUGCACUAGGAUAGUUCGUGAAUAUUUAAGCGGAGCUCCGUUCUCAGCGUAUCAGGAGACUAUGUAUUUCUCGCGUUUCCUCCAGUGGAAGUGGUUAGAGAGGCAACCAGUAACCAAAAACACAUUUAGACACUAUAGGGUGUUGGGAAAGGGCGGAUUUGGUGAGGUUUGUGCUUGCCAGGUUCGUGCCACUGGUAAGAUGUACGCCUGUAAAAAGCUGGAGAAGAAACGAGUGAAGAAAAGAAAAGGUGAAGCAAUGGCAUUAAAUGAAAAACGCAUUUUAGAAAAAGUUAACAGUAGUUUUGUAGUUAAUUUGGCAUAUGCAUAUGAGACCAAGGACGCUCUUUGUUUAGUGUUGACGAUAAUGAAUGGCGGCGACCUCAAGUUUCAUAUCUAUAACAUGGGGAACUCUGGCUUCGAUGAACAACGUGCCAUCUUCUACGCUGCGGAGAUCUGCUGCGGCUUGGAGGAUCUUCAUCGGGAGAGGAUCGUCUACAGAGACCUCAAACCUGAAAAUAUUCUUUUAAAUGACCGUGGGCACAUCCGUAUUUCUGAUCUGGGAUUGGCUGUCCAGAUUCCAGAGGGUGAGACAAUACGAGGGCGCGUCGGGACGGUGGGAUAUAUGGCUCCGGAGGUCAUUCAGAAUGAGAGUUACACGUUCAGUCCUGACUGGUGGGGUUUGGGUUGCCUGAUAUAUGAGAUGAUCCAGGGUCAGUCUCCGUUCCGCCGCCGUAAAGAGCGAGUGAAGAGAGAGGAGGUGGACCGACGUGUGUGUGAGGAGCAGGAGGAAUAUUCAGAGAAGUUUUCUGAGGUUGAUAAAGACAUCUGCCGACAGUUGUUAUGUAAAGAUCCAAAGGAGCGUUUGGGGUGUCAAGGUAGUGGAGCGGCCGAAGUGAAACUGCAUCCUAUUUUCCACGAUAUCAAUUUCAAGCGAUUGGAGGCCAACAUGCUUGACCCACCCUUUUGUCCUGAUCCACGUGCAGUGUACUGCAAGGAUGUUUUGGAUAUAGAGCAGUUUUCCACAGUGAAAGGCGUAAACCUGGACCCUACAGAUGAUGACUUUUAUCAUAAGUUUGUAACAGGAGGUGUCUCCAUCCCCUGGCAGAAUGAGAUGAUUGAGAUGGAGUGCUUUAAGGAGAUCAAUGUUUUUGAGAUGGACGGCGUGCUGUGUUCUGAUCUAGAUGUAAACAGGCCCAUCCCGGUGCCCAAGCGAGGAUUCUUCUACCGUCUGUUCCACCGAGAGGCAAGUGUUAACGCGCCGGCUGCCGUGGUCAAAGGGGGUGGGGCUUGAGGUUUGUUUUAGGAGUGCCAACAGCGAGGAAGUGGAGGAGCCGUCUUGACUUGAAACCACUCCCACUUUCCAUCAGCUGCCAAUCAGAAAGCUAAACGUAUGAAUGUCCAACUGUAUUUAUGAACUGUAUUAAACUGUACAAUAAUUAAAAGGGUAUGAGUUUAAAGACUUUUGUACAUUUGUACUUGAAUUACGUGUAGAUGUAUAUUUUCACUAAAGGUUGUACAAAAAGCCAUAGAAAUACCACUUGAAUGCAUAUAUAAUGUUUUUAUUCUUACUUUCAUCCGAAUAUGAAACGUGUAUUUCUUUUGAAGCACAAUAUCAACAUUCACUUUUGUUUUUAAUGCUGGCGUCCUGUUAGCGCCGCCUUUGGAUGUAUGUUUGAUUGUUUGGCUCGAUAGAUGUGGUGCAUAAAAGCUAUUUUUAUUAGUAGUCAACAAGUUUGGAUAUUUGGAGGGCAGGUUGGUCAAGGGCAAUAUGUGUUCACUUAAUAACAGCAUUUUUUUAUUGCCAAAUGUUUUGUAUUUUACACAAUAUUUAUUCAGAAUUGACUACAAAUGUAAAAACGGACACAUUAUUUGCUGACAAGCAUGUUUAAAAGGGAGGUAAAGCUAAUAAGUUGAGCAACGCCCACAUGAUAUAAUACUGUAGUAUACUAUUGUAUUUACUAGUGCUGUUAAACAUAAAAAAUGUAAUUUGGAAUCGAUUAAUCACGAUUAAUCGAUUCUAAAUUACAUUUUUAUGUUUAUAUAUGUGUGUGAUGUGUAUAUUUAUAUAUACAGUAUAUAUAUGCACACAAAUACAUGGGGUAUAUAUAAC